AUGUCCUUAGUGCUGAAGCAGGGCCGGUUGACGAGGCUCCAGGCAGGGGGAGCCGUUAUUGAGACGGAGAAGCAUUUAAACGAUGCUCUCGAUGUUGAGCUGCAGCCUGCUGUGGAGAACAUAGUGCCACAGCCUCCCACAAUCACCCAUCAGUCGCCAAAGGACUACAUCAUAGAUCCGCGUGAGAACAUCUUCAUCCACUGCGAGGCCAAAGAACAGAAGCCACCCCACUUCUCGUGGACUAGAAACGGGACGCAUUUUGACAUCGAUAAGGAUCACUGGACACUGGUGAUGGACAUCAGUGGAGGAGAGCGGACCGAGGCAUACGAGGGCAUCUAUCAAUGCUCCGCUCACAACGAGCUCGGCACCAAUGUGUCCAACAGCAUCGUCCUCCGCCAGUCCAGAUCUCCUCUGUUGUCUAAAGAGAGAGUCAAUCCAAUCAUUGCACGGAAGGGACAGUCUUUAAUUCUGCAUUGCUGCCCAUCAUAUUCUGGAUGGACAACAAGUGAUGAUUCAUUAAUCUGUGCCAAAGAGAAAACUAUUUGCAUUGCCGACGCUGUGACUCUCCUGAAGCAUCUUGAGCAGGGGGGCACAAGCCAUUUCAAUGUUAUGAAAGCCCAUGAAACCUUGGGCUUGGAUUUCUCCAGAGCUUCACAUUUUGCCACUGGAGUCCUCUUCCAGAUCUUAGAGACCCUGUGCUCUUCCACCUUGCAUUUGAGGAUGCCCAUGCUUGACCAAUCCAUCACCUUUCACCUCAGCCUUUUUGGGAAUGCAGUGGUCGUCUUGAAGACUCAUGCGAAACUUGAUGCUGUAGCUGCAGGACUUCCUCACUCCCUGAGAGCAGUGGCAGCAGCCGAGCUGGCUGUGAUGGCCUCAAGAGAAUUUGUAGGCUACUCUGAUUUGACUUUUGGUUCCACACGCAGUAUUCAUGAUUUUGCAAGAGCAGAGAACGUCACAUUUGUCUACAGCCCGAUGGCUGAGGCCAGCAGUGGCACUAUUCAACGGGAAAAUCAGACGGUAAAGAACAAAUUGGCAAAGUGUUGUGAGGAAACUGGACUCUCAUGGACCACCAUUCUUGGGAAUAGAAGGAGGAAAAACGCAGGUUGUGUGCAGGUGAAAGCUGCCCAGAGGAAGGUUGCUGAGAUGUUUCUGCAAAAGUUCAGGCAGGGGGAUAACGUGUACAGUUUGUACAGUAUAAAAAUCAUUACGCCUAUGGGAUGUCCCCACUUUUCACAAAAACAAACAUGUGUGUGUGUGAGAUGUGUGUGUGUGUGUGUGUUCCAUGAGAACGGAGUGCUGGAGAUCCACAUGUCCCACCCCUCAAACAGCGGGAAAUACACCUGUGUGGCCAGGAACAACCUCGGCGUCUCCGAGAUCCAUGUCUACCUGAAGGUCAAAGAGCCCACAAGGAUCCUGAGGCCGCCGGAGUACCGGGUGGUCCAGAGGAACAGGGACGUGGUGUUCGAGUGUAAAGCCAAGCACGACCUGUCCCUCGUGCCCACCAUGACCUGGCUGAAGGAUGACGGAGAGCUGCCUGAUGAUGAGAGGUUUAGAGUGGACUCAGACAGUCUGACCAUCACAGACGUCAAAGAGAGCGACACGGGGAUGUACACAUGUGUCGUGAACACCACGCUGGACCAGGACCCGGCCUGGACUCAGCUCAUGGUGCUCAAGGCCUCUCCCACCCCCACGGUGAUCUACGGUAAACACACAGCACAUCACAUCCCAUAAUACCCUGGGCUUUUGUGUGUGGUGAGGUUCAUGUAGCAUGCUGUCGUGUGAUCACAUUGAUCUGUCUUCUGAUUUGGCUUUGGAAUCAUUUUGUUGAUUUCCACAUGAAGCCAUCUGUUGAGUUUGCAUGACUCAUCGUUUGAAUGUGCGGGUGCAGACGUGUGGCUGAUGAUGUCAUCACAUGGCAUGUGCUUGUCUGAUCAUGUGAUCACAAGUUGAUUCAUGUCUGUGUCGACGAAAGCAUGCUGUCAUUAACUAAGCAUAGUGUAAAUCCAGGACUCUGUUCUCUGAGAUCAAGAAACGUGUCAAACCACCAUCACUACAGAAACUUCAGAUAUUUUUCUACAUUAAAUGUACAAUACCUACCAGUCAUUCUCUUCAUUUGCUCCCCCAUAAUUCUCUACUUCCCAGCUAGACUUUUACUCACUAAUACAUAUACAGUUUGAAUAGCUGUUAUAUCAAACUCUGUAAUUGUGUUUGAUCCAAUACCAACACACUCAAAAGCCUUCUGAUUUUACCUAUCAUGCACACGAUAAACAGAUCCCUUGCUACUGGACUAAAACUACCUGCUAUAACCCCAGUUCUUGAUAAUACACUGAAACUGUAAACUCCUAUCCAAGCUCCUCUUGUGGUCUAGUAUUAGAAAAGGGACAAAUUUGUCACAUUUUGAAAUCUGUUCACUGUUGGAGUCUGAUUUUCGUCCUCUCCACAGUACAGAGACUCUUUCAAGAGUAGUGGGUGACCUCUGACUCUGGUGCCCUCAUCCUUUUGCCCAUCUGAUCUGAGUGCAGCUUUUCAUACUGUUCGCCAUUCAAUAAUUUUAUCUCAACUAUCUGCUAACAGUAGAUCUUCUCGUGGUGUACCUCAAGGUUCAGUUCUCGGUCCACUUCUGUUUCUAAUCUAUAUAUUUCUUCUUGAUCAGAUCGAUCAGAUACAUGGUCUGAACAUAGUUUUGCUAAUGAUCCACAAAAUCUAUCUUAUCUUACUGUCCAACCCAAUUUGGGUUUUCCUCCCCUUUCCAUCACUCCCUUUCUACAAGAUCUCAAAGCAAUUCUCCUCCCAAAAUCAUCUCCAUUCUUAUAAUGAUGAAGUUAGAGAAAAUUCUUCACCCAUUUUUAUGGAAUCUUCCAAAUUAUACUUUGAACCUCAUAUCUUCCAGCUUGUUAAAUUUAGUUUUUCUACCUUCGCAAAAUUGUUUGUAUAUGACCUUGGAGAAAUCACAAAGAGCUGGAGCUAAGAGGCCUGGGAGUGAGAAACGUUUAGCUCACCUGGACACCUGGAGAGGAACACAACAGCCCUAUCAAGAGUACGACACACCCACCUGUGCUCAUCAUUUUCCUGUAAAACUGUUUGAAUUACCUUUGUGUCUGAAGUGUGCUUUAUAAAUAAGCUUGCGUUCUUGCCGCAUCAGAGUUCCUGAUCCAGUAUGAGGACGCUCUCCAUCAAUGCGGCGUGUGGCACAAUCUGAAGAAGGCUGCUGGAACCAAGACCACGGCUCAUCUGAAGCUCUCUCCAUACGUCCACUACAGCUUCAGAGUGCUGGCGCUCAAUGAUGUGGGAUUCAGCUAUCCCAGCAUGCCCUCGCACCAGUACAGGACCAGCCCCCCAGCCGCUGAAGCCUCUUCAGGUCAACGCUCCCGGCCUGCAGUAUAAGGUCAUGUGGCGUCAGCAGGGCAGUGAGACGCACUGGACCUCGGUCAGCGUGGCUAACAUCUCUACGUUCGUGGUGUCGGGGACACCCACAUUUGUGCCGUACGAGGUGAUGGUUCAGGCGAUGAACGAUUACGGACCUGGACCCAAACCCGGCGCUGUGAUCGGAUACUCUGGAGAGGAUUGUGCAUUACCACCGUGGGCUCAGUUUACACCGACACAACUCUCAUCACAGCAAACAGAGGACUGAGAUCUUCAGCCCCAACAAAACCUGCUGCCCUACAGCGUCUACAGCCUGCGUAUGACGGCCUUCAACGGCCGAGGAGAAGGUCCCUUCAGCAUCCCGCAGCGAUUCGAGAUGCACGAGGGAGGUCCUGACACGCCGUCCUUCUUCAAGGUUUCUGCUUUAGAUCUGGACUCUCUGACUCUGGAGUGGAGUCCACCUCACGAAAGGAACGGCUGUCUGACCGGAUACACCUUCAGAUAUCAGACGGUUAACAGCAGAAAUGAUCUGGGUUUGUUGGAGGAGCUGGAUCUGCCGUCCAAUCAGAGCAGCUUCACGCUGCAGAACCUCUCUCACAGCACACGCUACACGUUUUACAUCAGUGCCAGAACACAGCGAGGAUCCGGUCCCACGCUCACCAUCCUCCACAGAGGUAUGUACACUAGAUAGGGAGCACAGCUGGUUCUGCAGUGUGUGUUAGUGUUCUGUCUUUGAACGUCUCAUCUCAUUACGCCAGAAAUAAGCAUGGUGUUUGUGCUCAUCGUGUGUAGAUUCUGGAUCUGUAUGAACUCAAACACCCAUCAGUGAAACAGAUUUGAGUUUUAGAGUGAAGCACUGUGUUCAUUUACACAUGAGCAGCUCAUCAUCCAGUGUUUUUUGCCUCUGGGAUGCUCAGUGUGCACCAGUAAUGCUUUAUUUUCACAUUGACAUAACGGAUGAUUACUGCAUCUCACUAGGUUUGGAACCAGAUGCCUUUGUAAACCUG